AUGAUGUCUAUUUCAUUGAUUUUAAGUUUUAUUACAAAUAGUGUUUUAGUGAGGCUAAUCAUUUCGAUUAUUAUUCUACUAUGUGUGUAUUUCUCAAAUUAUUUCCGAAUGUGUUAUUAUGUGCUAAAAAUACCUGGACCACCUGCCUAUCCAGUUAUUGGGAAUGGUUUAUUACUUAGAGGUUCUCAUGAAGAAAUAUCUAAUGUAAUGGUCAAAAUUUUUACAAAAUAUAAUCAACUAUGUCGAUUAUGGCUUGGUCCUGUCCCAAUAGUAAUAGUAUCCGAGCCAAAAAUUAUACAAGAAGUGUUAAAUAAUCAAAAUGCAUUAGAAAAGGGUUGGAUAAUGAAAUUAAUAACAAAAAUUAUUGCUAGAAAUUCACUAAUAAUAGCAAGAGUCCCACAAUGGAAACGAAGUCGAAAUAUUAUCGUCAAAGGUUUUACUGUACCAAUAUUAAAAUCAUAUUUCAAUGCAAUUUUAUCAAAAACAACAUUGGAUUCUGUUUGUGCAUCAAGUAUGGGUGUAGAUAUAAAUUCACAUGAAGGAGAUUCAAGUUAUUUUGAAGCUUUGCACAGAUCGUUUGAUAUAAUGAUACGAAGAUUAUUCAAUCCGUUAAUAUAUCCUGAUAUGAUUUACAAAUUAACACAAGAUUACAAACAGGCGAUGGAAUAUAAAGAUAUUGUAUGGUCAGUAGCGAGGAAGGUCAUUUCCGAGAAACGAAAUAAAUACAACAAUGAAAACAUAAACAACAAUUUAAUGGAUUUUAAAGCAGCUAUUAAAAAUACGUAUAAAAAACCUUUGUUAGAUUAUAUGAUGGAUUUUACCAGAAACAAUCCAGAUUUUACUGAUGCUCAAUUUGAGGCUGAUAUUAAUUUCAUAAUUAUGGCAGGUUUUGAAACCGUUUCUAAAUCAAUUAGCAUGGUUUUACUUCUUUUGGCUUUGCAUAAGGACGAACAGAAAAAAGUAUGUGAUGAACUGUUUGAAGUACUAAAUAAUCGAAACAAAAUCGAUUUCAUCGAUUUGCCAAACUUUAAAUAUAUGGAAAUGGUAAUCAAAGAAACAAUGAGAUUAUUUCCCCCAGUACCAAUAAUCGCAAGGCAAUUAGCAGAUGAUAUUGAUAUUGAGUCUUAUAGAAUUCCAAAAGGAAUAAAUAUUGGAUUCCCAAUAUUUUGUGUGCAUCGAAAUGAGAAAUAUUGGAAAAAUCCUCUCAAAUUUAAUCCGAAUCGUUUUUCACCUGAAAAUAUAAAAAAUCAUCAUCCUUAUGCGUUCAUACCAUUUGGCGGGGGUCCAAGAAAUUGCAUUGGAGACAGAUAUACAUGGAUAUUUAUGAAACUAACAUUAGCGUCACUAUUAAGUCGAUAUGAGUUUCAUACAGACAUAAAAGAUCUUAGUGAAAUAAGAUACGAGCUUGAAAUAACUAUAAAAAUAAUAGGUGGAUAUCAAGUGCGAGUAACACCACGAUAAAGGUAAAACCAAUGAAUUGUUAUUUAAUAUAAUCAAGAACAUUUAUU